AUGUUCUCGACCACCUUCCCAAGUUCAUUGUUGUUCUGGGCCAUCACGAUCGGUUCCUUUCUGUUCUUCCCUCUCGGCUCAGUUGCGAAGACGACGGCUGGUGCUCUUGCGCCAGUCAGCCUCCACUCCGAAUUGGCAUACUCUACAGCGAGGGCAUGCGCAGCCGGUUGCCUUGUGCAUAACGGCAUCUGGGUGUGUGGUGUCAACGCCGGUUAUCAGGAUCUCGGGGUCGCCCUUCAGUGUGGCUGCCAGUCGAUCAACGGCUGCUACUGCAACACGGCUCUCGCCAGCUCGGCGACGUCUUACAUCUCCUCGUGCGUCAGCAAAGGAUGCAGCAAGGUCGACAACUGGUCGGUCGAUCUGACGAGCAUGCUCAACCUGUACGACUCAUACUGCGCGACCGCAAACGUCGCAGUGGACGGCACGCCGGCGACGACAACGACAGCUGACGGGAAAGCAUCGUCCCCAACAGCCUCAAGCGUUGCGAAAUCGCCAACCGACAGCCGGCCGGCACAGACUUCGAGUUCUGGGACGAGCGGAACGUCCUCGGCAGAUACGCAGCAGACAGCAGCGGCCGGAGGAGACAGCGGACUGAGCAGAUCGGAUAUCGUGGCCUUGGCAGCGAGCCUGGGUGUCGGAAUACCGAGCAUGUUGAUCGCAGCUCUGACUUUGUAUUUCCAGAUCAGGAAGAAGCGCAGGAACGCCGCCACGGCACCAACAACCGUUCAUGCGGUGGCACAGCAGAGCGCCUACGGGGGAAACGGGCAUGGGGGCACACCCUCCUUUGCUCCUGAUGCAGCAGGCCCGAAAGCUUGGGGAUACCCGUGA